AAAAUGUCUCGAAGGAAGUUCAAGCCUUGCCCCUCCUGCCAAGCACUUAACCAGGUGAGCCUCAAAACCUGCAGCUCUUGUUUUGCAGCCAUCACCCAAAAAAAAAAAGUAGCAGCCAAAAAAGUGACCCUGGACAGGAAGUGGGGGGAAAGGGUCCUAAAAAAUAGAAAUGCUGGAAGAGUGGUGGACUCUGCCCAUAUUGCAGUGAAAAAACUAAGUGCAUUGGGGUAUGUCCCAAUUCUAUUUUUCGCCAAGAAAGAUAAGGCCUCUGGAAAGUGGGUGGCUGAUGUUGUGACCCAUCUGACACCCACUGAGGAUAACCUAAAAAUUGUGGCCACCAUGAGAAAGGCCUACAAUUUUUUAUUGAUCAAAGAAGGGAACUCCACAACGACAUUGCCAGAGCCCCAGCAUCAGACUCAACCCGAGCCCCAGCAUCAGGCCCAGCCCGAGCCCCAGCAUCAGGCCCAGCCCGAGCCCCAGCAUCAGGCCCAGCCCAAGCACCAGCAUCAGGCCCAGCAUCAGGUCCAGCCCAAGCACCAGCAUCAGGCUCAGCCCAAGCCCCAGCAUCAGGUCCAGCCCAAGCCCCAGCAUCAGGUCCAGCCCAAGCACCAGCAUCAGGUCCAGCCCGAGCCCCAGCAUCAGGUCCAGCCCAAGCACCAGCAUCAGGCUCAGCCCGAGCCCCAGCAUCAGGUCCAGCCCGAGCCACAGCCUCAGGUCCAGCCCGAGCCCCAGCAUCAGGUCCAGCCCGAGCCACAGCCUCAGGUCCAGCCCGAGCCCCAGCAUCAGGUCCAGCCCAAGCACCAGCAUCAGGCUCAGCCCGAGCCACAGCCUCAGUUCUUGGCCCUGGCUGAGUCCCAGUCUCAGGCCCAGGAAAAUGAGACCUUUUAUCUUUUAGAUUUAUACCCUGUCUCUCCCCCACCCCCAACAAAAAAAAGAAAGUGUUGCCGGAAAUGCAGUAGGCAAAAAGUUUUCAAAUACGACUCCAUAACAGGAAGAAGGAUAAAUGAGGGGCAAGCAGAAGUAAGGGUGAAAUGGUUACCUUGCUCUGCAUGUGGAAAAAUCUGGGAGGAGACAUGGGAGCCGGCCUGCCAGUUCUCACCAGGUGUCAAGCAUGUGUGACGUCACCCAUUCAUCUACAAUUCAGUAUGAGUUGAAUACCUGCUAUGAGUUGUCGAGUUCGCUGUUACGGCACAGCCAUCCUGUUUGCGCAUGUGAUGAUUUUAGAUAAGAAGGAGGAGCCACGUUACACACUUUCAAUGGUUUCCACCCUAACAUGCUGUCAUGCUGUUUUUUUUCUUUAUUACUGAUUCUUGCUAAAAGCUGUGUUCAAAU